AGGUGGAAAAUAUAGCAGACACAGAGUUUCAAGGAUUACUACCUACCUUCAUGGCUUGUUAUAGAAAUCCUCCAGCACUAGUUUUCUUUCUGUCUAUAUUCGCUACCGUUUCUCAUGCACAACUAUCUCCAUCUUUCUAUGCUACAACGUGUUCUUCAGCUGCUGAUAUUGUACAAUCUGCGGUUCGUAGCGCGAUAAAUAGGGAUAAGGGAACAGGAGCAAGACUCAUUCGGUUAUUCUUCCAUGACUGUUUUGUUGUUGGAUGUGACGCUGGGGUCUUAUUAGAUGCUAAUCUUCCUAGUAUUGACAGUGAGAAAAACUCUAUUUCCAACGAGAACUCUCUGGGAGGGUUCGAUUUGAUUGACAAGAUCAAGACUGCACUAGACAAAGCAUGCCCAGGACCCGUCGUCUCAUGUUCAGAUAUUAUCGCCAUUGCAGCACGUGAUUCAGUCGUCGAGGUAAAGAAAAUCGAAUCUUGUCUCUACCUUGACAAUCUGUAUGUAUAA